UUAUAUUCCCCCUGUCUCUUCUUUCCGAUUAUUCUCUCUCCUUUUUAUUUUCUUAGCUUCUUCAACUUUCCUCUCUAGAUCGGUCUUCUCCGUAGGUCAACAUGGAAGCCAAACUCAAAGCUGUCCUUGUGUCUCUGUUCCUUUCCUCCCUGUUGUUUUCUCUGGCUUCUUCUGCAACCACGGAUGGGCUGUUUAGAAUUGGACUCAAAAAGAUGAAAUUGGACCAAAAUGACCAGCUUGCUGCACGGCUGGAGUCCAAGGAAGGGGAGUCAUUAAGAGCUUCUAUUAGGAAGUAUUUUCGUCGUGGUAAUCUUGGGGACUCUCAGGAUACAGAUAUUGUGGGACUGAAAAACUACAUGGAUGCUCAAUACUUUGGUGAAAUUGGUAUUGGUACUCCCCCUCAAACGUUCACCGUAAUCUUUGACACUGGUAGCUCAAACCUGUGGGUUCCAUCAUCCAAGUGCUAUUUCUCGGUUCCUUGCUAUUUCCAUUCAAAGUACAAGUCAAGCCAAUCAAGUACCUACAGGAAGAAUGGGAAAUCUGCUGAUAUCCAUUAUGGUACUGGAGCUAUCUCAGGUUUCUUUAGUGAAGACAAUGUGAAAGUUGGUGAUCUUGUUGUGAAGAAUCAGGACUUUAUUGAGGCAACUAGAGAGCCCAGUGUCACAUUUUUGGUGGCCAAAUUUGAUGGUAUAUUAGGACUUGGAUUUCAAGAGAUUUCAGUUGGAAAUGCUGUCCCAGUGUGGUACAACAUGGUGAAACAAGGUCUUGUUAAGGAGCCAGUAUUUUCAUUCUGGCUCAACCGCAAGACAGAUGAUGAUGAAGGGGGUGAACUUGUGUUUGGUGGAGUUGACCCCGAUCACUUCAAGGGUGAGCACACAUAUGUUCCAGUGACGCAGAAAGGCUAUUGGCAGUUUGAUAUGGGCGAAGUUCUUAUUGAUGGUGAAACAACUGGGUACUGUGCCGGAGGUUGUGCAGCAAUUGCAGAUUCUGGAACUUCUUUGUUGGCAGGUCCAACGGCUGUUGUUGCUAUGAUAAAUCAUGCCAUUGGAGCCACCGGAGUUGUUAGCCAGGAAUGCAAGACUGUAGUUGCACAGUAUGGGGAAACAAUCAUGGAUUUACUUUUAUCAGAGGCAUCACCACAGAAGAUUUGCUCGCAAAUUGGGUUGUGCACCUUUGAUGGGACUCGUGGUGUUGGCAUGGGCAUUGAGAGUGUUGUGGAUGAGAAGAAUGGUGACAAGUCAUCUGGUGUACAUGAUGCUGGAUGCUCUGCUUGUGAGAUGGCAGUUGUCUGGAUGCAAAGCCAGCUUCGGCAGAAUCAGACAAAAGAACGUAUAUUGGAGUAUGUGAAUGAGCUUUGUGAUCGACUGCCGAGCCCAAUGGGAGAAUCAGCUGUGGACUGUUUACAGCUUUCUUCCAUGCCUAAUGUUUCCUUAACUAUUGGUGGUAAAGUUUUUGAUCUCUCAGCAAAUGAGUACGUGCUGAAGGUGGGCGAGGGUGCUGCUGCACAGUGCAUUAGUGGCUUUAUUGCCAUGGACGUCCCUCCUCCACGAGGACCCCUCUGGAUCCUGGGAGACGUCUUCAUGGGUCGCUACCACACCGUGUUCGAUUAUGGUAAUAUGAGAGUUGGAUUUGCAGAAGCGGCAUAAGAGAAACCCACCUGGGGGACUCUUGGCUUCUUCAAAACUUGAAUCUCUUAUCUAGUAGAUGUUAAUGAGUGCCGUAACAGACACAAUGGAGUUUAAAUUACAUAUUGAAAAAGUAGAAAAGGAAAAAGGGUUGUAAUAACGGAGUUUAAGAAUGGAGUCUGUGAGGUGCUGGCUGGCUUCUGAUUUGGAAACAUUACUUUCUCUUUCAUGUAUAUAUUGCUGCUUGCUCUGUUUUAAUUAAUGUAAAAAAGAAAAGAAAAAAUCAUGUGAAAAGGUCGCACUCUUUUUGGGCCUAGAACUUAAUUGAGUGUUUGUGUUUGGGUGUUUAUUUAA